AUGUCGGGGAUAAAAAAUUUCUUUCAGAAGCUCAAGCUAAAUAAGAAAUUUAAGGAAGCAGGGGAAGGACAUAGCUUAUCCGAGCCAUCAAGAAAAACACAGGAUCAUGCAGCCCCAAGUAGCAGCACUUCUAAGGCGGAAAGUACGCGGAAACCCCAACAUAGCGAGAGCACAAACAGGGCUGCAGCAGCUGCCUUGGCCCGUAUCGAGGCACAGUCUAAAACUGCCUGUGCAAAACCGAAGUCAGCGAGUACGUCCUGGAAAACUAGGUCUGAGCCAGUUCCAGGAGCCUCAGAAAUGCAUGCUAUAAAAAAGGAUGUGAAGAUGAAAGUCAAGCAGGACCUACAGGCAUCUCAAAGCGCCAAGAAAAUACCAGAUGUAGUUCCCAUCGAAAAUUCCCCUGUGGCUUCAAAUAUCAAUUUUGCGUGCCCAAUAUGCCCAGUAACUCUUCCUGAGACUGAAAUAAAAGACCAUCUAGAGAAAUGUCUUUAUCAUGAGCUUGAAACAGAGCCAGGAAUGAUAGCUGCAACAAUGAUUCACACUUUGAAUCCAAAAGAUAAAGCCAAACUUUGUAUUGAAACAUUAAACAGGUAUUUGGAAAACAUUAUCAAGUCUCCAAGUGAGGAGAAGUAUCGUAAAAUAAGGAAAAAUAAUAAAGUAUUUCAGGAAAGAGUGGCCAAUAUCAAAGGAGCAAGAGAACUGCUGGUAAUGGCUGUUGGUUUUGUUGAAGUGAACCUCCCUAGCUCCGAUGACAGCUCAAAAACAGAAGAAUAUUACCUACUAAGUGAAGGCAUAGCAAUGGAAGCUGAAAAGCUUGAAGUGAUCAAAAGCUAUUUGAAUGAAGCAGAGCCACUGAAGCCUACAUUAGAUAGAAAUGUAAAAGUUUAUGAGCCACUGCCUGGAGCUGGGAGAUUGGAGUUUCCAAGUGAAUUUUAUCGUCUUUCUGGUCAAGAAAUAAAGCGAGAGCAACAGAAUAGAUCUGAAACAGUAGAAAAGAGCAAAAUGUUGAGGACCCAAGCUAUGAGAGAAGCAGAGUCUCAAAAUCAGAAGAAGGUUUAUAGAUUCACACUUAUUCGUGUUAGAUUCCCAGAUGGACAUAUACUAGAAGGCACAUUUUACAGCUCUGAAAGGUUUUCAGAUGUCUUGGCUUGUGUACGGGAAUCUCUUACAAAUGAUUGGCUUCCAUUUGCUUUGUCAGAUGCAUCAGGAAAAAAUAUUCAGAUGCCAGAUGAAACAUUACAAGCCCUACAACUUGCACCAGCAGCCAUACUUAACUUCAGUUGGGACCAAAGUAUUGCAUCUGAUGCCCAAAGAGAAAACUUAAAUGUUGAACAAUAUCUUCUUGAUGAACUUUUGGCAAGAAAAAUUCAGUUUUCUUGAUGGAACUUAUUAAAAGCUUUUGUGUCAUACAUUGUUUCAUUGUUUCCAAAUUCUUUAAAAAUUAUAUCGUUUUCAUUCAUACAGUUGUAGUAAGCCUAAGCAACCAUGAGUUAAUGUUUAAACAUUGUAGAAAAUGUUUUUGGUAACCUUAUGAUCUUUCAAACCUUCCAGCAAAUAUGUCUUCCUAACUAUAGUUAUUGUAAAUGUAGCACUAAACAUUGAAAUUAACAACUUAACACACAAGUGUUCUGUUAUUGAGUGUACAAUAUUAGAUAGAAAGUGUACUCAAAAUUAACAAAAACUGUAUUUACCUGUUAA